AUGGCAUCAUCAACAAUAUCAUCCAAAGUCUUAUGUGUUGUGUGCAAUAAAGGAAAAGGAAGUUUCAAAUGUGAAGGAUGUUUACGCAUGUUUUGUCCAAAACAUUCAAAUGAUCAUCGAAAUGAUUUGAGUAAACAAUUAGAAGAAAUUGUUGUAGCACGUGAUCUUAUACAGCAAACUCUUAUUCAACAAAUGGAAGAUCCUCAACAACAUCCUCUGGUAAAAAAAAUUAACCAAUGGGAACAAGAAUCUAUUGUCAAAAUUCGCCAAGCAGCAGAAGAAGCUAGAAAUAGAUUAAUCAAGACUACUACUGAGUAUACAAAUGAUCUUAAAAAAAAGCUGAACAAUUUAUCUGAUGAAUUACGACAGAGUCAAGAAGAUAAUGACUUUAUUGAGACUGAUUUACAACAAUGGAUACAAAAAUUAGAAGAACUAAAAAAAGAACUUCAUAAUUCAACAACUGUUACUAUUCAAGAAGAUUCUACUCCACUUGUUUCCAAGAUUCUUAUUGGCAAUCAAAAUACAUUUGAUGUAUUCGAACGUGUUUGUGGUACUGCUGAAAUAAAAGAAAAUGGUUGUCUUGUUGUGAAAAAUAAUUCAUCUAAACACACAGAAAUACGUGGACAAAACGAAUAUAAUACUGGAAGACACAAAGUUUCUUUCCGAAUCGAACAAUUAGCUUCAGGCGGAUGGAUCUUUUUUGGAAUCAUUUCGAAAGCAGAACCUAUGCAAACAUCUUCGUAUAGUUCGCCGUCGACUCAUGGCUGGGCGACUCAUUAUCAAAUGUACGUCGGUGGUCAACAUAGGCAAGAACAAAGCAGUAAUAUUAUUCAAAACGAUACUGUUAUAUUGUCAAUUGACUGUGAUCAACGAAGAAUAGAGCUGAAAAAUGAACGAACAAAUCACAUUAUGCAAAUGUCUAUUGACAUCAACAAAUGUCCAUUUCCAUGGCAACUUCAUCUUAAUCUUGGUACAGCUAAUACUCAUGUGCGCAUUCUAAACUCAUUCAAUUAA